GUCCAUCUUCAUCAUUGUAUAAAAGGAAGAACAUUCACAAGAACAGAUCCCCAAGGCCUCGAAGGUUCAUAACAAGAAAGAAAUUGAAAGAGUACAAUCAAUCAUCACAAUGAAGGUAGGGUUAGGGUUAACAUUCUCUAUCAUUUUCUCUUCCUUGUAUUUCUCUCAGACCCUAGCGGAUGACAAUCCAUACGAUUUCAACUACUGGUGCAGCACCACGCCUCACCCAGAGCCAUGCAAGAUCUUAAUGGGCAGCCACCGCCGGGCUGCUCCAAAACAGCGGGCCGAGUUCCGAACCAUGGCGGUGCAGGUGGCCUUGGAGCGGGCCCUUCACGCUGUGGCUCACGGCAGGAAAAUAGGGCAAAGCUGCCGGAGCAAGCACCAGAAGGCGGCGUGGACAGACUGCCAAAAACUUCUCUACAACACGAUUUUUCAGCUCAACCAAACCAUAGACGGCCUGAAGAAGAAGAACGGCAUUGGUUGUACCGAUUUCGAUGCGCAAACAUGGCUCAGCGCCGCGUUGACGAAUCUGCAAGUCUGCCAAUCAGGUUCGGUUCAGCUAAAUGUUUCCAAGUUCAUAGCUCCGAUUCUGUCGAACAAUGUGUCGGAGCUGAUCAGCAAUAGCCUGGCGAUCAAUGCGGUUUUGCUCGACCGGACGGAGGAGAAGGAAGAAUUAGGGUUUCCGAGGUGGUUGCCGGAGGGUGAAAGAAAGUUGUUGCAGUCUUCGUCUUUGGCUUCGAGGGCGAACGUUGUUGUGGCGAAAGAUGGGUCGGGGAAUUUCCGGUCCAUCCAGGCGGCGAUAAACUAUGCGGUGGCGAGGAGGAGAGGGAGCGGGAGGAUAACAGUGUACGUGAAAAGGGGGAUUUAUGGGGAGAAUAUUGAGAUCAGUAAGGACAUGAAUCAGAUCACGCUGGUCGGCGAUGGGUUGAGGUACACCAUUAUCACCGGCAGCCGAAGCUCGACCGCCGGCUUCACCACCUACGGCUCUGCCACGGUUGGAGUUGACGGCGUUGGAUUCUAUGCCCGUGGGAUCACAUUCCGAAACACCGCCGGCCCUCAGAAUGGCCAGGCGGUGGCUCUCCGAUCAGCCUCCGACCUCUCCGUCUUCUACGCCUGUGGCUUCGAAGGCUACCAAGACACCCUCUUCGUCCACGCCCAGCGCCAGUUCUUCAAAACUUGUUACAUCUUCGGCACCAUCGACUUCAUCUUCGGCAACGCAGCCGUUGUUUUCCAGAACUGCAUGAUCUACGUUCGCAAACCCUUGCUUGGCCAAGCCAACACCAUAACGGCCCAAGGCCGCGGCGACCCUUUCCAGAACACCGGCAUAUCGAUCCAAAACUCACGUGUCAUGGCCACGCCGGAGCUCAACCGGGUGGUCCGAUCGUUUAAAACAUUCUUGGGCCGGCCUUGGCAGCAAUAUUCCCGGACGGUUUUCAUGAAAACCUACCUCGGAAGCGUGAUCAGUCCAGAAGGGUGGUCGCCAUGGCUAAAUACGAAUUUUGCUCAAGAUACUUUGUACUAUGGAGAGUACGGGAACUGCGGGCCCUCAUCCUCAACGAGGAACAGGGUGAAUUGGAAAGGUUAUCAUGUUAUAAGAAGCGCAACCGUUGCAUCACAGUUCACUGUCACGAACUUGAUUGCUGGCAGGACGUGGUUGCCGGCCACCGGCGUGCCGUUCACGGCUGGUCUGUGAUUAUUCAAGUCAUGUGUUUGAAAGUAUUAUAUAUCCAUAGGCGAAUUUAAUUUAUUGAACAUAUUGUUUUGAUUGUUACAAUUUAAUUACCAGGGAUUCUUUUUCCUCUGUCCAGUCAAAGGAUAACUUAUUUAGAUCGAUUCAAUAAAAAUCAA